CCGAUGGUUCUGGUGGUUCUGGUGGGUGAACCGCCUUCACCUCCGGGCUCCCCGAACAGAACCUCUCUGGCUCCAUCUCGUGGCCGCUCAGAGUAAGCGCAGCUCGGUGCAGACGGCACCUCCGUCUCAGAGACUCUGGUUCUCCGCCAAGUUGUCUCACACGUCAGUGGGGGGACCUGUACUGGUGCGUGGACGUGUACGGCGCGCGUCAGACGGUUCCCGGAUGCACCGAACAGAACCAUGGAACGGGUGGUGGUGGAAGUGCCGAUCAACAACGGUUUUUCCCUCGCCGGUCCUUCCACGACUCCACGAAAGCGCCAGGUGCGUUUUUCAGCGCGGCAUGACAUCAUCCUUCUGCGGGAGGUUAUCGCCCAGAACCCGUUCGCCUCCAAAGAGCCAGGACGGAUCUGGGCCCGUGUGGGUGAGAUUAUUACUGCGGCGCUCCAGGAUGAAAACUUUGAGGUGGAUGCCCGGAGGUGUCGGGAGAGGACCAUGCUGCUGCUGGACUACUACAAGAAGCAGGACUUCCCCAGUCUGCGCAGGUUUGGGACGGAGAGGUUGUACGCCCAAAAGGAGGAUCUGCUCCAUGAGGUGUUGGAGCUGGAGGCUGAGAAGGGGCUCAUUGCCAGCGGGGAAAGUACGAAGUACCAGGAGGAUGAACUGAGGAAGCGAGCCAUCGAAGAACUAACUCUACCAGAACAGGACAAACCCAACAUCACAAUCACACAAACACCUGCGGCAGCAGAACCCGAAGAAGACCACGAGGAAAUGGCCGAGCUUUCGGCGGCGCCCAUGGCCAAGCGGCCCUGCCAGUGCUGCUGCCAGACCUACUCUGAGAUCCUCAGCUUCCUGGAGAAACGCUCGGAGGCGGAGCAGCGACUGCGAGAGGAGGAGCUCGCUCUGCGCCGGGAGGAGCUCGAGAUCCAACGGAGUAAGAUCGCUCUGGAGAGGGAGCGUCUGGGAGCUGAGAGGAAAGAGCGGGAACGGAGGUUUGAGCUGGAGAGCCAGGAGAGGCAGGUCAUCCUGGACCUGCUGAAGGAGAAGGUGCUGAAGGGGUGACAGAGAAAGACUGCAUCACCUCCACCUUAAGAAUUCAGGAUGAAACAGGAAGUGAGAAGAUGAGCGGUUGUUGGUUGUUCAGUGGAAAGAUUUGAAACAGAGGGUAGCGACGUAGGAGGCGCCUUCACUGAACUUGAGCAGGCGCACAGCACAGGUGUGGUGAUCCACCGAGCCAAAGCUGGCAGACAGCGGACAGGUGCGUGUCAGGUGAAUGCGUGCAUUCCUCGUGUAACAGCAGCAGCAGCAGCAUGUUGUUCACAGUGAGUGUAAAGCUGUACACGUGGACGUUUGACUCCGGUGCAGCUCCAGCCUGUAGCACUUACACAUUAAUGACUUCACACACUCGUUAAUCAGCAACAUUUCUGAUUCAAACCACAGAUCAGCUGUCACGUUCAGCCCUGACAGGUGACUGAUGAUCUGCAGUCACAACAUUUAGUCCUCAGAGUCGAAAAAUGAAUAAGGGUCAGGACAAGAACCAAACUGUGAUGGCUCGAUGGCCGGGUCAGAACAUCUCCAGCUCUCGUGUGGUGUUCCUGGACUGGUCCAAGGAAACAGCAACAAGGUCAUGAUACAC